AUGGCCAAGCAAAAGUCCAAAAACUCUGUGAUAAAACUUAUAUCAACUGCCGCAACUGGUUUUGCGCGCCAAAUCACGGUCUCUAGAGGUGCUCCGUUGGUAACACAGGUACGGUACGAUCCCGUAGCCAAACGUCAUGUUCUCUUCAAAGAAGCUAAGAAGAGAAAAACGGCCGAGAGAAAACCUUUGGAUUUUCUCAGGACAAGCAGAUAA